UGCCUUCUCUUUCGUAAACCAUUCCAAAGAAAGAAAAAAAAUAUAUUUUUUCUGCACUCACAAGCAAAACUGCUGAGCGAAUCAACAACCGGGUUCUCAGAUUCCGAAGGUGGAAAAACAUUGAGGUUGUUAUGUUAUGCUUCCUUAGUGAAGUUUUGAUGGACGAAAGGAGACUGAAUAUAAUCUCUGCUAUAUCAGUGAUUGCACUGGUUAUUCUCAUAAUUGUUGCUCGUGUCACGUUGAAGCUCUCAAAGGGCUUCUUCCUUAUAUUUGGUGCCGGUGUUGCUGUUAUUGUUGCAGUCUUUGCUUAUGUUCUCAUCAGCAUAAGGUUCAACCGCAGGAGGAGACUAUUGGAGUCACAGUUGAAAUCUGAAGGCCGAGAACUUCGCAUGGAGUACAGUUUCUUGAAGAAAAUUGCCGGCGUUCCCAUUAAGUUCAGAUACAAGGAGCUUGAGGAAGCCACAGAUGGGUUUCAGGCACUGAUUGGAAGAGGUGCUUCUGCUUCAGUUUUCAAAGGUAUUCUCAAUGAUGGCACUUCGGUUGCCGUGAAACGAAUCGAUGGAGAGGAAAGAGGGGAGAAGGAGUUCAGAUCAGAGGUUGCAGCAAUAGCUAGUGUGCACCAUGUGAACCUGGUGAGGUUGUUGGGCUACUGUAAUGCUCCGACAGCACCUAGGUACCUUGUUUAUGAAUAUGUCUCAAAUGGGUCUUUGGACUGUUGGAUUUUUCCCAAAAGGUUAUCUCAGAGGCGCCUUGGUGGGUGCUUGCCGUGGAAUUUAAGGUACAAAGUUGCCAUUGAUGUUGCGAAGGGACUUGCUUAUCUUCACCAUGAUUGCAGGUCAAAGAUCUUGCACCUUGACGUAAAGCCAGAAAAUAUACUGUUGGACGAGAAUUAUAGAGCAGUUGUUUCAGAUUUUGGUUUGGCAAAGCUUGUUGGCAAGGAUGAAAGCCAAAAGGUUGUGUCUGCCAUUAGAGGAACAAGAGGGUACUUGGCACCUGAGUGGCUCUUAGAGCAAGGUAUUUCGGAUAAGACAGACAUAUAUAGUUAUGGGAUGGUUCUUUUAGAGAUUAUUGGAGGCAGAAAAAACGUUUGCUUCGUGGAUGAUGUAAAGUCGAAGUCCAAAAGAAAAUGCCGGUACUUUCCUAAGAUUGUGAAUGAGAAAGUGAGGGAAGGUAAAGUCAUGGAAAUUGUUGAUCCUAGGUUGUUGGAAGGUGGAGGUGUUGAUGAGAAGCAGGUAAAGACACUGGUUUAUGUUGCUUUGUGGUGUGUGCAAGAGAAGCCAAGAUCAAGGCCUAGCAUGGCCCAAGUUGUUGAUAUGCUUGAAGGGCGUGUGAGGGUAGAACUUCCACCUGAUACCAGAAUGGUUCUUGUUGAUUUUCUGUGUGUGGAUGACAGUGCAACAGAUAGCAGUAGCUUGCAAAGGUUGGACUUCAUGUCGAAUCCAAGAAUACAAAGCGAUGUGGAGUGUUCAUCUACCUACUCCCAUGCUACCACUGUUUUGUCUGGAAGAUAGAUACCUUAGCUACUCAAUUUGGAAAAAAGGAUGAUGUUUUUAUUUUUAUGAUUUCAGUAAUGUUUCUACAAAAAAUUUUCAUGAAAUUUCAUUGCAGUGUUGGUUUUUUGUCUUUAUCAAUCAUGUAUCUUAUAGUUUAUA